CCUCCCCCGUAUCAUUAGUAAAACAUGGCAUGCCUUCUGUUGAUUCCAACAGAGUGGUCAGAUCCUAACAUCAUAAAGAAAUAAAAAAAUAUAAUCCUAUUUUUAAAUCAUGAGCACCCAGACGGAGGUUUUCACGGGCACGGAAGGCAGUUAUCUUUUGCCUCACCAUGUCACCGAGGCGGAUCGUCUCCAACGUCAGCAUCGCCAUUUUGCAGCCGCCUCGGAUCAGACCUAUUUUGGCUUCACUCUGCCACCGCCAGCAGGGUGCCCACUACGUAUCCUCGAUAGUGGGUGUGCGGAUGGGAUCUGGUUGCACGACAUGGCAAAGCGAUAUCCGGAACAUUCCUGGGAGCUCCAUGGCGUGGAUAUUGCGUCCCAUUUAUUCAACAACAGCGUAGAUAUUGACUUUCGCUACCACGACAUACGACAGCCUUUCCCGUCGGACUGGAACUGGGAAGGCUCUUUUGAUAUUAUUCAUCAGAGGUUGCUAGUAUGGGCUCUGAAAAAGGAGGAGUGGCCUCAAGUUGUACGAAAUUUGCAAGCGUUAUUAAAACCCGGUGGCACUAUCCAAUUUGUCGAGUGCCAAUGGCUCCGCCCAGAGUACUGGGACACUCAUCCCCAACAGCGUCUACUGGGGUUGGUGCAAGUAUGGGCGACGGAGGGUAACGGCAUGGACAUCCAUCUCGCCGAUAAACUAGAGCCGCUGCUAAGAAAGCUUGGGUUCAAAGACGUGAUGACAGUCCGAUACCCUCUACCAUAUGGUGCUAAGGUCAAAGACCCUGCCAACCGCGACACAUCGGCAGAGCUGUGGGUAGAAAGCUUCCGUCAUUUGGCGAGGCUGAUGGGAGACGAGGGGAUUCCGGGCGUCGCGAAGACUCCAGAAGAAUAUUUCGCUUUUCUGGACCGGCUGGUGGUGGAGAUGAAAGAAAAGGGCUACGUACCGGAAAUGCGUAUGGUGUCUGGUCGGAAGGCGUAGCUAUAUCCAGGAAGGGUGGAAGGAAAAACAAGGAAGAAAAAGAACGGUCAAAAAGACUUUUAUUCAAUGUACAAAUUAUCUCCGAUUGCAUGAAUUCACGAGGUGCGCGAAAUGUUAAGAUAUGGCACAAUAACCAUCCAUCUCCGAGAUGCCAAG